GACGGUGUGAGUUGUGAUUGUGAUUGAUUAUUAUUAUCGUUUCCUCUGGAAGUUUUUAACAAGACACUCGUGUACACGGGCCCAUGCAUAGUAUUAUCCAACCACCACCUUUUCUCAAGAUCAUUAUCCGUCUAAUGAUUUGGUGUACUGUUUAGAUUAUGCUAUGUUACCACACAAAUAUGAAAGAUUAUAUGCUCAUUAAUUAAGUAAUUACAACCCAUAUAUCCAUGCAUGACGGUGUUUAUCAAUACCCCAAAGUUGAAGGAGAUUCUUGACAAAAUAUCUUUGUUUUGAUUCCUCUCGCCUAACCAAAGAUCUAAUGAUAACAAAGACAUGAGAUUAGGUACAUAUCAAAAUUAAUUGAGAGAAGCAUAAAAAGAAUAUUAAGUGGGCUUUGAUGGAACAAAUGAACAUUGUCCCCUUCACGUGGCUUUUACUUUGACAAGUCUAAAACCUAUUUCAAUUGACCUAUCUAUCUAUCUCUCCCUCUAUAUAUAUUCAGCUUCAGCUUCUUUCUAGCUAAAAGCUUUCUCUAUCUCAUCCCAUCAUCGAUGGCUGCAACCUACCACGUUCGGUCUUGUAGCUUACCCGCUCGUCUACCCUCAAAUGGUCUCAACCAUAUUCAGCAACUUCUCAGUAAGCUUCCUACAGAUAACAACAAUAGCCUAUCACUUCUCUCACAGCUCUAUGAAUCCAUCUCUCAUCUCUUCAACGACUCACCACCUUCAUCACUACUCCCUCAUCACUCUUUCUUCACCCAUCUUCUUGAUGUUUCCCUUGUACACCUUGACUUGUGCUCCAAGCUACAAGACAUAACUUGCCGCAUCAAGGAUUGUCUCCGAGACCUUCGGUCUGCUUUCAGACGGAGGGGACACGGUGGAGAUUUUACGAUCCGAUGUCACGUUAAAGCCUUUGUACGCUCUCGACGACUGAUUCACAAGGAUCUUGCUAAGCUCCUCUUAUUGCUCAAACAAACAGAUCAUCCUUCCAUCGAGUCAACUCAUCCCUUUAUCACACUUCUCCGACAAGUAUGUUCCCAAACAUGUCUUUCCUUUAGGACAGUCAUGUUGUCCUUAUCCUCAUCAGUACCAAAAUCCACGCCUUCCAGAUGGGCUCUAGUUUCUAAACUGGUGAUCAAGAACGUUACUAAUACAAGUGCUCAAGUUCAUAGCGGAGACAGAACCGAGUUCCAGAUGAUGGACGAAGAGCUGCAAAAAUUCUGUUCAGCGAAAGAGAUAAAGAAGGAAGGAAUCAAGUCUUUGAUCGCCCUCUUGGAUAACGUAGAUGUUGUAGUUGAAGAUCUAGAGGAAUCGCUUGAAAGCGUGUACAGGCGUAUGAUCCAAGCCAGAGUCUCUCUUUUGAACAUACUCUCUUUGCAUAUAUAGUUAAUUAGAACUUCAUUCGUUAGAUUCCAUGUCUAUGUAUACAACUUCACUCAUAUUUUGAUGAAACUUGUUACCUCCAUAGAUUAUUGACAAACAAUCAAUAUAGUUGUAUAACUUAAAAAAAAAGCUUAGAAAUAACGAUACUUCAACAUC